UACUGCAGGAAGAAUACCCAGUGAUGGAUACAGCCCUGAUAGAUACGAGGGACGACAGUGCCAUGCUUUUGGCAGAACAGAGCUCGCUGCUGGAUCCCUCAGUGUGCGGUGCUGCGGGGGACACGCUCACCUCUGACUCCUCAGUACUGGUGAACAAUCAAGGAUCACAUUAUCUGAAGGUGUACUUGCGAGUGCGGCCUUUUUCAAAGACAGAGCUUGCUAACAAUGAAUCCCAGGAUUGUGUAACAAUAGAAAACUCUGAGAUUGUGGCUCUCUGUGCUCCAAAAGACUCCUCUACGAUGAAAAAUUGUGAACGAGGCAUUGGGCAGUCAGUGCAUAAGUUUACUUUCACAAGGAUCUACGGAGAGGAAACGACACAGGAAGAAUUUUUUGAAGGCACCAUGAAAGACUUGGUGGUUUCUUUUGCUAACGGGCAGAAUGGACUUGUCUUCACUUAUGGUGUCACGAAUGCUGGAAAAACCUUUACAAUUCAAGGGACACCAAAAGAUAGAGGUAUUCUGCCUAGAUCACUGGACGUUGUCUUUGGUCAUAUUAGAGGUCGGCAGUAUGUCAAGAUGAAUCUAAAGCCGUAUCUUGGCAAUGAUAUUAUGAAACUGGAUCCUGCUCAAGUAAAGCAAGAAGAAGUCUUAAAAGCAGCUCUGUUUUCCAGUCUAAAAGAGGAUGGUAUGAAAACUCUUACUAGUUCUGGUAAUCUGCGAAGUCUGGUUUAUGAAGAUGCUUUAGCUGAUGAUCAAGGAUGUAGUGACCAAAAUCAGUUCUCUGCUUGGAUAUCUUUCUUUGAAAUCUACAAUGAAUAUGUGUAUGACUUACUGGACCAGUUCUCUACAUCAAAGAACCAAAAGAGGGCAACACUGAAGAUUUGUGAUGAUCAGUUAGGCACUUCUUAUGUGAAAGAUUUGAAGUGGUUUAAUAUCACUAGCCCAGAGGAAGCAUGUAAAAUACUGCAAAUUGGCAACAAGAAUCGAAGCUUGGCAUCAACCAAAAUGAAUCAGCAGUCAAGUAGAAGUCACAGUAUUUUUACCAUUCGACUUAUCAAGUUAAGCCAUGGUGAUGACCCUAGCGUUCUUGGCGUUUCAGAAAUGUCUUUGUGUGACUUGGCUGGAUCUGAACGUUGUAAUAAAACGCAAACUGUUGGUGAUCGGUUGAAAGAAGCUGGAAAUAUAAAUAACUCUCUUCUCAUCCUUGGCAAAUGCAUUGCAGGUCUGAAACGGAGCCAGAACCCAAAGAAAACUAGCUAUGUCCCAUUCAGGGAAAGCAAGCUCACAAGACUGUUUCAGCCCUUUUUCUGUGGAAAGGGAAAAGCCUGUAUGAUUGUGAAUAUCAAUCAGUGCGCAUCUACUUAUGAUGAAACGCUGCAUGUAAUGAAGUUCUCUGCUGUUGCUAAACAAGUUGUUCAGACAAUUCAACCUCGUAACUUUGAUUUUAUAAACCCAAGAAUUAUUGGGAAAGAUGGAAAGGUAAUGAUAGAAAUUGAUGCAAACCUCUCAAUGGAGGAUCUUCUCUCUGAGGAUGAAGAUGAAGUUGAUAUCUCAAUUCUAAGUGCUGAGGAUCUAUUGAGAAAAAUUGAAGAGCUAAAGGAGAAACUGCUGUCUGAAAGGCAAAGCAAACUGCUUCUUGAAAUGCAGAUCAGAAAAGAGAUGGGGGAAGCUAUGUAUCAACAGAUGGUACACCUUGAUGAGACUUGGAGUAAGCGACUUGAGGAUUUCAAAGAAACUACAGAGGAGCAACUGGAAAGUAGAUUAGAAAUGUACAAGAAAGCCAUCAAAAACCAUGCUUAUCGUCAAGCAGUGGAAGAACUUGAAGAGGAUUAUGUUCCACUAGAGGAGUUUCAGGCUGAACAAGAGAAAGUAGAGGAGAGAGAUCGAAGAAUAGAAAUACUGGAGUUGGCACUUGGCCUGUGUAAGAAGUCAGGCGGUAGUGAAAACAGCACAGAUUCCUCCUCUGAAGCCCUGAGUGCAUUGACCAAACGAUGUCAAGAUAGAGAAAAGAUCAUAAUUGGUCUGAAGGUGCAGAUACAAAACAUUAGGGAUGAAGCUGAUCUGAAUGGAAGAAGGCUAACUGAAGAAAAUGAAAUGUUGAAGCAGCAUUUGAAAGUCAACGAGCAGGAAAUUCGAGGACUCCAGAGCCUGGCAGAGAGAGCUAUUCAUCUAGAGGCUUCUGUAGCAGAACUUAAGGGACAGCUUGAUGAAAGUGGGAAGCUUAUGGAUGUUGGUGAACCAAAACCCAAAAGAGGCUUGUUCUCCAGCAUUAAAAAUACCAUGAGUGGUACUCCAAAACAGUCUAAAAGUGUAGAGAAAAGUGGGGAAACUACAGGCUUGGCUCGGAAAAAACCUCUGCUGGCUCGUAAAUGAGACUUUGAUUUAUCAAUUGAUAACUAUGAAUUUUAUCAAACUAUUUGUAUA